AACUUUGCUCUCAUUUCGAUUUACGCUUAAGUUUGGCAAAUACACUUUGAGCUUUCGAUUUUAAUGCGAAUAUUACGAAAAUAAUAAUUUAUGCGAUAUUGUUUAUAGAGUGCAAAAAAAUUAAAUAAGAAUGAAGACGGUAAUCUUCAUUGUGUUGGCACUUCAACAUGUGCUUGCGUAUCACGACCCUGAUCUGAACUAUCACCUGAGUCAGGUACAGAAAGUAUCUAAUUGCGAUAAUGGUUACUCAUACGCUGCGCCGUCGGUGCAGCUCACCACAACCGGCAUCAAAACGAUCUCAGCACCUGCUGCCAACUUAAUUUCACAACCGAUCGUCGCCGCACCCGCGUACCAGUACUCUGGCGCCUCGGGCUACUCGUCAAGUGGAAGCUCAGGCUACUCGGCUGGAGGCAGUGCAGCAUAUUCUACUGGCAUAACAUACCAGUCUGCAGCUCCUCAAAUUACAUACGCAGCACAACCAUCUGCCUCGUAUCAAUCUUCAUCAUCCAACUACAACAACUACGCUUCACAAGGAUACACCACUAAAGAAUUUCACGGUUACACGACGUCUGCUGGUCUGUCAUCAGCUGCUUCAAGUGGCAAAACUGUGCGACCACUCGCCACAUACGCCCAAGCACCAAUCCUCGCCAAAGUGACCGCGGCUCCACUUAUCGCCAAGUUCUCGAUAGCUCCUGCUAAGACUUCUUAUGUGACACAAAACUUGAUAGCUCAACAAGCUUAUUCAACUGGAUCAGCAGCAAAGGCAUCCCUCAACUCCUACAGCAGCAUCCAAACAGGAGGACCGGUCGUCUCACAAGUGUAUGCCGCUCCAUCUGCAGGAUACGCAACAUCGCCCGCUUUGAGAGUGCAGCAACCACAAACCUUCGGACAGACACAGUACUCGGCCGUCGCAGCACCGUCUGUUGCUCAGUACGCUCAAUACAGUCAAGUUCCGGUAGCGGCACCGGGUGCUCACUUCGUUCCAGCAGUGUCACAGUACUCCACAUCUUCUGUGUCCCACGUGUCUGCACCAUCUUCGAACUACUUCACACCAGCCGUAUCCCAACAUUCUGGUGCAUCAAUCAGUCAGCAGUACUCUGCACCGGUAGUGACGCAACAUUCUGCGCAGUACGCGGCUCCUGUAGUGGCGCAGUAUUCAGCUCCUGUGCAAUAUUCAGUUCAACAGUCUGCUCCUGCUGUGGUGCAGCAUUCAGCGCCUGUGGUUGCUCAGUACUCCGCGCCGGCCGUGGCGUCAGUGAGUCAGUACGCGAGUGCUCCCGUGGGUGUGGCGCAUGUGUCCUCGCCGGCCUACGCCGCGGUGGCCGCGCCCGCUGUUGCGAAGGUCGCGGCAGCACCCCUCGUCAAGAAUGUUCACACAGAAUUCUUGGAAAAUUAUGACGCCCACCCGCGGUAUGCUUUCGAAUACAGUGUCAACGACCCUCACACCGGUGACAUAAAGCAACAGAAAGAAGAAAGAGACGGCGAAGUCGUUAAAGGUCAGUAUUCUCUGGUGGAGCCGGACGGGUCCGUGCGGACGGUGAACUACGUCGCCGACUGGGAGACUGGCUUCCAUGCCGACGUACGCAACAGCAAAGACAAUCAACAUUAGAAGUAUCUACGAACAAAAUUCGGAAAGGCACCACGGCUGGUUCGAAUGCUUGCCUUAUUUGGUCUGACCACCUGUUAAAGCCUAAAUUAGGUCCUGAUCUAAACGGUCUUAGCUUAUGAUUGUAAAUAAAUUAGUGAAACGAAUCGAAUUGGAUAAGGACGGAAGUCGAUAGCCUUGUUAGGUCAGGCAUGUGUGCAAAAAAUGUGAUUUAUGUCAGUCGAAAGAUAUUCAGCUGAUAUUUGCUAGAUUUUUACAUUUGUAAGUAAAAUAUUAUCAUAAAUGUUUAAUUAUUAGGUAUCACUCAUACUCGUUUAAUUAUGUAUCCAAAUAUACGUAAGAUAUACACAAAUGUGAAAUCAUGUUAUGAGCUUUUAGUAGGUAGGCCCACCUUCGUCUACCACAAUUUUCGGCAUGAGCUAUUUACUUAAAGAUCCGAAGGUUGAAGACAUUAACUUAUAGUGCCAUCAAAAUCCAUUCAGUAGUUUUAAGAUAAUACACAUCGCACUAUUCUCUAAAAUCUAUCUUGAAUUUAAACUUUUUACUUACUUCUUCAUUUUAUUUAUUUGCGGUCCUAAUUCAUAGUCCUAAUUGUAUAAUUAUAUUCCUAAAGAUGUAUAAAGCAGUUUUUUUUUUACACACAGCAUUAUUUAAAUCCUCUCACCUUUUUCUCUUUAUUUCCACAUCACUGGACCAUGUUACCCAGUGAAGCCAUAAACUAAAUUCGCCAGGACAACUUAGCUUGUAACACUGGCAGUUGACCAAAACUGGACAUAACCGCCACGCUACGCAAACCACCAUUCACUUUAUUUCCGCAUUCGAUCCUUUCCAACAGCAAUGCAACCAUCUCUAAAUACCGGUACAGAAUAAAUUCAUAAAUUAUGCUAUUAUUGAUUUUACUUUAUGAUUUCCGAUAUUCAGUAAUGUUAUUUUUUUAUUUUUAUACGCAAAAGAUAUUCGACAUUUCGAUUCAACAACAAACGAACUUCGCGUUACCGUAACAUAACUAUAGACGAUGGAUUGAUUCACCAUACGGUCUAUAUGAACGCAUCUCAUUUCAGCAAUGUUAUAGGUUCGAGUCCAGCGAAUGUCAGUUGUU